GGAAGUAUUUUAGUGUAGAGACAAAUUGAAAUGGUUUACGACUAMCUGGAUGUAAAGAGCUAUACUGGUUUCGUGACCAAAGCUAUAACAUUAUUUAAUAUAAAAUAUCGUUGCAGCAAGAACUGUAUCUUGCGAUGCACGUUAAAUGACAUAUAGUUGUAAUGUAACCAUUUAGUUAGAUACAGUAGCUAGCUAACAGUCAGUAGCUACUUCCACACUUGUGCUGGAUCGAUGUAAAAUAUUUGCAGUUCUGCUGGUUUGUGACACAUCGUGCAACUGGGUGCUGAAAAGUACCUAUCUUGGUGAGAUAUAGCAACGGAAGAACUACAGCUGGACGUUUUAGAGAAUUUUGGACUAUUUUCUUCCUACCGGUUAGCCAAUAUAACGUUAUUUGGCAAACGGAUGCUGCUGCCACCUGCUAGCUAACGUUAGCAAUUACUUGCAGUUAGCUAUUUUCCACUGAAAAUUGGUGACAUGGCCAUGACAUGCUGUUAGCUACUGUAAUCACAGCUGUCAUUUGAAUGUCCACGUUUCCAUGUCAAUGAGAAGCAGCUAUAGUUUGCUAGAGACCCCCCACUCUGGAAUUUGGUCUCGCACUGGCACUGUUGGCCACCGAGUGCCCGUCCACGCAAGCUAGCUGAUUUGUUGCUACUAUUACUACUUGUUAAGAAUAGGAGGCGGUGGCAGCUUUGGUGGAUACAUUUCUGCCUCAGCUUUAUAGCGAUCACUGCCGAGGUGAAAUACCGCAGUUCAUGUUUCGACAAGAAGUCAGUGUACUGUCUUUUAUUCCGUCUUGUUCCUACCUUUUCCAACACGAGAAGAGGAAUAUGUCUAGAUAUAACAUUUACAGUCUUUUAGACUGGUUGUAUGGCGGCGUGGACCCAAAGUUUGAAGGCAACGGGGGCCCAGAAUGUGCCGCCUUUCUUGCACCGCAACAACGUAUCAGCGAGAGUUUUGUCAUGGUUCUGAUUUCCAUCGUGGAAGUUGUCGUCGCGCUGAGAAAAAUCAACAUUUGUAAAGAACUCAAAGAGAUUGCGAAAGAUGGGCCAAGGACGAAACAAGACAGUUUCGGCAAGAACCUGUUGCUGGUUGCUCUGUGUAUGACGUUUGGAGUAGAGGUCGGAUUCAAAUUCGCCACCAAGACAGUGAUAUACCUACUGAAUCCUUGUCAUGUUAUGACCAUGGUGCAGAUCUUCCUGCUGGCCUGUCCGCCAUGUAAAACAGCCAUGGUCAUCUUUAGGCUUCAGGUCCAUAUGCUGAACGGUGCUUUACUGGCCCUCGUCUUCCCUGUGGUCAACACUAGACUGCUUCCGUUUGAGAAGGAGGUCUACUACAUUCAGCAUUCCAUGCUCUACCUGGUGCCGGUAUACCUCUUCAGGAAAGGAGGUGUGUACAAGCCGGAGCCCUUAGGGGACAUGUGGUGGGCUAUCCUCUCCACUGGCAUCUUGUUCCUCUAUCACUUCCUGUUCCUGCAGGGCCUGGGCCUGAUGACCGAGGUCAACCUGAAUAACAUGUUGUGUCCAGCGGUGUCUGACCCAUUUUACGGGCCUUGGUACCGGGUUUGGGCUGCAGGUCACCAGACCCUGCUGACCCUGGUCCAUGGGAAGGCCCUGACCCUCUUCUCUUACCACACCGGCCCCACCUGCAGGUACCUGCUGGACACCGCCAGACUGCGCAGCAAGGUCGACUGAACAGACCGACAGACUCACACGGACGUAGCCUUUUUAAAUCCAAUGCCUGUUCUUACGGUGGGAUUUUCUAUCAACAUUUUUAAUGCAUCUUGUACCACUUAACUUUUUUUUUUUUUUUUUCUGUAAAGAAUUAGGCAUUUCAGGGUAAAUUAAACAAAGUUAUUAUUUUUGUGUUAGGGAUGGCUUGCAUUGUAUGCAUGCACACAUGAUGGGAAGACUGCUGCAGUUGGUAGUAAUUGGUGUGUAGCUGGCCAGGGGAAAUUUGCUUUUUCUUUUGGUCAGAUUUCCUGAACCCGAGUUACUCAUGUUUCUAAAAGUUACUCUUUUUUUUAUUUCUAAAGUUGCCUUCUGUAGUUAUGUUCCAAAAAAUGGGGCUAGCCCACAUAUCACGGAAUUGUCAUUGUUACUGUACACUUCAAACUCUUAAUUUGUGCUUGCCAUGACAGUUGGCCCAGGUAUGGGUCAAGUUGCCAUUUUGUGUUUGUAUUUAAGAUAAUAUCUUUGACAUGUUUAAUCCAUUGUAAAAGCCAUCACUUUGUGAUAUUUUGUUUGUUAGAAGAGUAAUAGUUGUGAAGCAGCUGUCUCUGUCAUAUCUAUGGUCACAGCCUCUGCUGACAAGGAGAAACCUGUUCCUCACGUCUUUGCUGGAUCAAGUGGUAUAAAUGAAAGAGGGCUCCUGCAUCUUUGGCCCAUCUCUCCAUCACUGAUUUUACUGCAGAGGUGAAAGAUAGAAUGUAAGGGGCCUUUUUACAGACAAUGCAGACAAGUGUCUGUCCUGUCGGAUCAUUAUGGAUGAGGACAGGAAGGUAUCUUGGUGUACAGAGCCUUUGUAAAGUAUUCAGACCCCUUGACUUUUUCCAAAUUUUGUUAGCUUACAGCCUUAUUCUAAAAUUGAUGGGA